AAGUUCGAAAAACCGUUACAUUUAACUAUUAUUUUUAAAAUUAUUAAUUAAAAAUGAAUGAACAACAAAUUGACGAAGAGGAAGAUUGUUCCUGUGAUGAGUGGUCUAGUGGUUCCAGUUAUUGCGAUUCGGAAAGCACAAUUCCUGAGUGGGAUGCUUUUAUUGAACCAAAUGGGCAAUUACUUUUCAUCGACUGUUUCCCAAAAGUCUCUCACACAGCAUCAGAAUCAAAUUCCAGUAGUAACUUUUUCACAAAAUCCCAAGCAAGGCAGAGUACACGUAGCAAGUUUUUGAGGCUUCUUAGAAGAAAGAACAGCAAAAGGUUUCAUAAACCUAUAGAAAUUCCCGUUGCUGAUAAUAAAGUGAAAUUUUACGACCACCCAGAAGGAGAAUUAAGGGAAGUUAUUAUCAAAGUGAAUAAUGAUAAUCAAAAGUUAGGUCCCAAAAACAGUUUAGUAGAAUCAUUAUUAGGACUGACAGUUGAUACAUUGUCUGAUGGAAGCAGACUAAUGAUAUCAGGAUUUGAUCCUGAUGCCAUAAAACACAAGGGCAUUAAAAUAGGGGACUGGCUAAAGAGCAUAAAUGAAGUACAAGUUACAUGCAAUAAUUUGGACAGUGUUUUGGAAAGUUUCGUAUCAUUGAAUGAGGUAACACUUAAACUACAGCAAGUAUCUGGUGUAGAAGUUACAAAACACCCUCCUAUUAAUAAAAUAAGCAUCAGAUCACAGUUUGUACAGCUUUUAACAAAUAGUAAUAAAGAACAUUCAGAAUCAUUAAAGGAGGCAUUAGCUUCUGAGUUAGUAGGGGUGUUGUUUUUAAAAACAGAAGGUCUUAAAGAAGAUAGUCCUGAAUUUGAAGAAGUCCUGUACAACUUUCCUAUGCCUUAUAAUAAAAACAUUUUAUGUACGUCCAGGGGAGCUUUUUUAACUCUCAAUCAUUUAAUUAAUGAAAUGGUAUCUUCAAAGCCACAUGUUUCCUCAAUUAAUUAUAAAAAUCAAUUGGCACACGUAAUUUAUGUGUCAUGUGGAUCUAAACUACUGUUGUUUAUGUUCCCUGAUAAAUGUUUGUCAGUUGAAGGUUCACAAUUAGUUGCAGAAGAAAUAUUUCGAACAAUUGAGUUCAUGUAUCAAUCAUUGGAGCGCUUUUUAGAGACGACGUCUUUAAGAGAUGAAGUUGACCACUUCUUCUUGAGGGUAUUUACUAGGAUUCUCUGGCCAGACACCGUGCAAUUUUCUAGCGAUCCGAAAGCAAACAAACCGUGGAGAUUUGAAGACUUAUUAUUAGGUGCCAAGUAUCUUAUUCUUCCCAAUGAAGCCCAGAUGCAGGUCGAUGAUGCCUUGUCAGAAUUGGAAGCCAGUGAUUAUAGAGAAUGGAACGAAGAUCCUUUAGAUUGUCAGAGAUUGUUCACAAUACUAGGCAGUGCCUUAUAUCAUCAGGGAUUUCUGUUAACAUCCCAUUUUGUUCACGAUGACCUGAUAGAUGUUACAAGUUUCUGUAAACAGCAAGGACUCUUUUAUUUAUCUGCAACAGAACCUUUGAAAUGUUUAGUCUUGUGGAAAGAAGUAUUCCCGUCAUCUUGCAAUAGGAGCCUCCCUAAUACUGAAUCACUAUUUAAAGUUCCUGAAGGAAAACGCUAUUUGCUCGUUGUUGGGGGUGGAAAAGACUUGUUGGCCGUUUUAAUGGAAGCAGGUGGUUGUACUGAGACCCCUGAGGACAACAUGGGUCCCGAUCCUUUCUACGUCGAAGAAGUUGAAGCAACAUUAUCGCAUUUAAAAGAAUUAGGAAUAUCUGAUGUUGCUGAUCAUUGUCUACAAACUAACCCAGGGAGUCAAAUCGUUCUUCCAGAGGGUUUUUGUGAAAAGAAAAAAGCUGAUUUCUUUUCGUCGUUGUCGAAGUCGACGUUAAGUUUGAACAAAGAGGGUCCACCACAUUUGCAGAAGAAAACUGAGGUGACAUCAAUUUUGAAAAGAAGAAGCUCUGACCAGGGUCCACUGUAUACUACGGGUUCAGUUUUGUCUUGGAAUGAGGACAACUUGGAGGAUUCUGUGAGUCAGAGCAGUUACAGUGAAAAAAGCGAGAUAUCUGAUGAGCCUAUUUUAGGGCGCAGGGCUACCAGAGAAAAGAAGCCUUUUAUAGAUUCUCCAAACGACGAUUCAGAUAUUGACGACUAUAGGGAUGGGAGUCAAGCGAGUACCAGCAGCUUUGAUUUAUCUGAAUUAAGACAAAAUUUGAUAAUGGAAUCUGAGGAUAUGCAGCCAAUGUGCCUUACUGGUGGCACUGAAAAUGUUCUUUUUCAUUAUGUUCAGUUUGACUCAACUGAAGGAGUCCUAUUGCUACCGCCUCCAUGCAGGGUUAACUCUCAACUACUUCAACUAAUACUGGAUAAUUUUCACAGAUGUUCUCGGAUGAUCCACGAAACAUUUAAAAAUACGUUACGCUUUAAGAAAAUGCUUGCCGAAAAUAUGGCAAAGUCCGUGCUUAACAAAAGUCUAAUUGCUAUUAAGGAACAAGGAACUUUAUUCGAAUUAACCGUUAACGACGAAAACCCGAAAAAGACACAACGAAUUUCGUACUGGGUUGUCGGGCGUCUUUUUUACGAUCCGCAUCCACGUGAAGUAUACAUUUGUUAUCAUGAAUCUGUGCCUCAAAACAUCGUCGAAGUUGCUUACAAACUAAGCUUAACAUUAGCCGGUUAGAAAUAUGAUGUGAAAGAAGUAGCGGUAACAUUUACAGAUUAUUUAAUUAGUGUCAUCAGUAUCAUUCCAUUUGAUACAAAAAGAGAAUAUUAAGAGAAUAAAAUAGUAAACAAUGACUACAAAUAAAAAAGAACUGGAAAA